AUGUACAUUUUUGAGCCGACCACUCCGACGCCCAAGGAUCGAGUGACUCGAGGCCGGUACACUUUGUCGAAGCUUGAACUCGCGGUGAAAUAUGUGAUUCGAGAUGGAUGGAGCUGUUACAAAGCGGCUGAGGUGACCGGUAUCCCAAGGACGACCAUACAACGACGUGUUCAGAUCAUCCGAUCCGAGCAGAAGCGCCGUCUCUCUAAUGGAAAAGAUCGAUCAACAAGAAAGAGGCCGUUUUCUGAAGUGGAGCCCUCGACAUCAGAGGAAAUCUUUUGGGAAAUACCACAGGAAAUGGUGAUAGAGGAUGAGCUAGAAGAAAGUUUCAUCGAAUGCGGAGAAGUGUUCUUUGAGAUGGAUGAUGGAAUGUAUCUAAUGGAUAGAGAUUGCCUUAAUGCCGCGGAACAAGGGAUGGAUAGUGUGGAAAAUUUAGCAGCUCAACAAUUGAGAACACCAGCGGAUUUUGAUGACCGGGAAGGAAAUCGACGAGAUUUCACAAGAACGGACUUCGAUGUUCACACUGAGCAUGCGUAUAGUCAGCGUCAGGAAUCCGACGAUGUGGUCGAUAAGCGGCAAAGGGGAAAAUACUAUAAAAGAUUGAUCGUCAAUGCGCAAACGGGAAAUCACUCGAAAUCGGGGCAA